UGACCUCCCCUGGGCUGUAAUACGUGGGGCUAGUUUAGGAGAUGUUGGUGGCCUGUCAUAUACAAGAGGUCAAGCUACCCAUUUCCCUCUGGCCUUAUAAGCUUUGGAUGGUCAAGAGUUGGAAAACACUUGGCUUGUGUUUUGUAAACUUCUUCUGUAUUUACGCUGAGAUUGCAGAAGCGUUCUGGCACCCUGCGCUGCUCAUCUGGAGACCCAAACUCCUCCCUUCCUAUCUCUCACCAGAGGCUUUGAUUUGGAACUGCAGUUACAUGACUGCAUCUCAGAUCUGUUACAUAAUGCAGCAUAGGCCCAACAGGUGUCUGUCUGAGGCAGCAAAAUGUUUAGUCACUUGUUAAUGGUGUGGAUUUCAAUGGUGUCUUUUAAAUAUUCCUCUUGGCAAAUCAGCCCUGCUUCAUUCUCUCUUGCAUAGAGCUAAAGACUCACAUUUUAGAUUUUAAUUUUAAGGCAGUUUUUGCAGUCUAGAGAUAUCUCAUGAAGCACCCAGCAAAUUCUAUUUUAAAAACUUACUCAAGUCUUUGAAUUUUUGUAAUUGCACUGCUUAUGACCACUCUGAAUCUGCCUGGGGUAGCAAAAAGCCACAGAACCAGCUCUAGUGUUGUACUCUUAACCUAUGGAAAUGUUGUAGCUAAAAUGUUUAUAUGAAUGUUUUAGUUCAUUCUGUAUACACUGUUGUUGAAGUAACCAUGCUGCAUCUGGCCAAUUAGGGAAAUGGGUAGCUGCUUCAACAGGCAUAAGACUAGAAUCUACAAAAAUCUUUCACCAGAUCACAUGCUAUUUUAAAGAGUGUGUUGGGGUUUUUAAAAUUGUUUUAGAAAAGUGAUCAAAUUGUUGACUUAACUGGUUAACCAUAGCCGAUUUUGUGCUGCAUGAGAAAAGUGAAUAUUUCCUUUGUAUUUAAACUCCUUCAGCUUUUGCCUGUUCAUGACAUCUGUCACUCUUACUAACAUUGGUAUACCUGGAAUGUUCAGUUGUUCAGUUCAGCAUACUGCUGGGAAUGCUCACAGCAAUCAAGUGCUCAGUUAAAUGUGAGAAACUGACAGCAGUGACUUCUUAUACACACACUAUGCUGCUUCCCUUGAGGAGCCAAUUAUGCUGAACUAUUUCGUGCCUUUCUAAGGGGGAAAAAAAGGCCUACAUACAUAUUAGCCAAUACCCUUAUACGUGACGUAAGGAAGUGUUUGGCCCUAGAUCUAUGGAGAAUUCCAAAAAUAUUAAAGCAAAAAUUAUUAGGGCUCUUUUUAAAAAUAUAUGGUGAAUGGACUAUUAAAACACAAUUUGUUUCAAGCUGCCUAGGUAUCACUUGAUUAACACUCUAUAAAAAUUAAAAAAAUACAUUAAACUUUAAAGACAGAUUUGUUGUUUUUUUUUUUUAAAUGCAGUAACUUUUUGCAUGUCACUCUCCCUUCAUGUUACAGUUGAGAAGUAAGGCUCAAUAGGACUAUGAAACCAAAUAUAUUCACUUUGAGUUCUGAAGUGAUAAGGCAAAAAUGAUGCUUUAUUCCCAAAGACUUUGGUGUUACAAGUGGAGUGCAGUAUAAAUCUAGUUUGUUUGAGGAAAGAAAGUUGUGUUUUGCUCAGACACAACUGUCUUUUGAUUAGGGUGCAGAUGAAAUAAUUCUGUGUGUGUUCAGUUGAUCAGUUUAAUAACAUAAUUAAUACUGUAGCCAACACCAGAUGUUUCAGAGGAAGAUGCAAGAAAACUGCAGCAGGCAGUUAUGAGAGAAUCUGCCUCCAGAAAUACUCCCUCCUAACCUUCAGUAGUUAGAAAUUGGCUUAAGCCCUUCCAAAACUGUUUGGUGGCUUUUGGUUGGUUGGUUGGUUUAUUUAGUGUUUAUUACAGUAAUUCUAGAUUUUCUUGUUAUCCAUACAAAAAAUUGCUAAUGUCAUUUUGAAAUCUGUUAAGAUUUUUGCCUUGAUAUCUUAUGGUGAUGGAUUCCAUAUCUAAUUAUACAUUGUAUGAAAAAGUAUUUUCUUUUAUUGGUUUUGUAUCUGCCACCUGUUUUUAAAGGGACACAACCAACUUGAAAACUUUAUUUGUUUUGAAAAAUUUGAAGUUAAAUGUAGCACCUAAGAUAACUGGAAGAAGUUUGGGUGGAAAACUGUUUUGCUUUAUUUUUGUUUGUUUUUUUUUGGUUUUAUUUUGUGGAUUUGAGGGCACUUUGUGCAUAGUCAAUUUCACUGUUUCCCCCUUGUAGUCAGUCAAUUUCUCCUGUGCUGAAAAGACAGUUAUAAAAAAACAACAGGGAGAUUGAAAAACAUUUUAAAUAUAUCAAAGGACUUUUUUUAAAAGCCAUACUCACCAGAAACUGGAGUAUCUUUAAAUUAUUCUGUUUAAGAUUUUCAAAUAGUGUCAGUUCAUAUCCACCUAUAUUAAUACAGAGUACACAUUUUAUCACAUAAUUUACUAAAAGUUACUUUUUUCCUGUAGCUUAGGAAAAAAUCUAAAAGCAUCCUUGUGUAAAACCAAAUCCUGCAUUGUGGAUUUUCUUAAUUGUUCAUUACCACUGUUACUUAAAUUGUAAAACAGUUUUUUAGAGAAUUGAAAGGGGGAAAUAUACAUGGACACAAUCAUUAAAUAUACUUUCCUUUUGUAUUCUUCUUUAAGUGAUCUAGCGGAUGUCUGAAAGUUGACUUGAGCAUAAGCAGUGAGAUGUUUUGCCAUUUGGGGGCUGUGAGGAGGUUGUGUCUGGAGAAAAUAUUGCUACAGUGGGUUCUUCAGACAAGACCUUUGUCAGGUGCUGAAGCCGUCAAUGCUCUCAGACCUUUCUAUUUUGCUGUGCAUCCAGAUUUCUUUGGCCAGCAUCCCAGAGAAAGGGAAAUCAAUGAAAACUCUCUUAAGAGGUUAAAUGGCUAUUUGGAGAAUCUCCAGAAACCAGGAUUUAAGUCUUUUAAGCCAACUCAACUCACUUUUUAUGUGAGAGAUACAGAACAAAACUCUUCUGAUGUCCAAGAAUCCUUCAGUGCUGCAGGUUUUCGAGCCGUCAGUUUUACUUUGCACACCAGGGACUUAUUAAGCACAGUAUUGGACAUUCUCAACUCCUGCAGCUUAUCUACUGAGCAUGUCCAAAGUGUGAACUCUCAGCCUCACAAAGAAGUAAAAGGGACAUUUUACAGGCCUAUCAAAUGGGACAAGACUUACUACUCAUUUACUGGAUUCAAGGAUCCUGAGGAAGAACUAGAACAAGCCCAGAGGGUGGAAAUUACUCUAAUCUCCUGGUUAGAUAAUAGUGAAAAAAGUGCAAUAAAGAAGCUGAGAAAGAGCUUACCACUUAGGGAAGAACUAAACCGUUUAAAAGAUGAACUCACUCAUCAGCUACAGCUCUCUGAUAUCAGGUGGCAAAGAAGCUGGGGUAUUGCCCAUCGUUGUAGCCAGCUACACAGUCUAGGUCGUUUAGCUCAGCAGAGCCCAGAAGUAUUAAGGAAUGUUAAAGGACACACAGUAGUAUUCACGGACUGUUCAGGUAUGAGUGCAACAGGCCAUGUCAUGCUAGGCACAAUGGAUGUUCACCACCACUGGAUCAAAAUUUUUGAGAGAUUGCCUAGCUAUUAUAAACUUCAAAAGAAGAUGCUGCUUUUGGAAGACCGUAUAAGUCAUCUUCUAGGAGGCAUACAAAUAACAUACAUUGAAGAGAUGCAACCACUGUUAACUCUUGAAGAGUAUUACACCACUCUUGAUGCUUUCUAUAAUAGAUUGCUUAACAGUAAACUAUCUUUUCACCCUCGUAGUCUGCGUGGCUUGCAAAUGAUUCUAGAAAGUGAUAGGUAUGCUCCAAACUUGCAUGAACUUGGGCAUUUUAACAUCCCAACAAUGUGUGAUCUAGCAACCCUUCAGUGGUUUAUUAUUACCAAAGCACAGCAAGCAAGAGAGAAUCUGAAAAGAAAGGAAGAGUUGACAGUGAUGGAAAAAGAGCUAAUCAGUGCUUCCACUGAAAAAUUUUCUCUGAAACAGCUGUAUAAGGAACCAAGUAUUUCCCAUGCACAGAUGAUAGAUUGUUGUAAGCGACUGCUGGAAGAAUCGCUCCCAUACCUGCAAGGCAUGCACCUCUGCAUUUCACACUUUUACUCAGUGUUGCAAGAUGGAGACCUCUGUAUCCCUUGGAACUGGAAAAGCUGAGGCCUGUCUAAUAAUCAGAGGGACUGUCUAUUUUCUCUGAGGCUAUCAACAUGAAUUAUUUUCUUUUAGAGUAAAUUAUUUAAACGUGUAUUUUGAUAUCCAUAUUCUAACUAAUCCAAGAAUUUCUUUUUAAUUGCUGCUCAGAAAGUAGAACUUCAGUUCUAAACAGCUUGCUGAAUAAUGUACAUUAUUGCCUGUCCAUGCGUAAACAUUCUGUACGGUUUCCAUACUCCUUUACAAGUCCCAUCAAAGGGAAGGGGUAAUGAAAGGGCAUUUUUGAUAGUUAAACAAAACUUUUGAAUUGGAUUUGAAGGUUACAAAAACGGUUUUGGUUUGUUUUUCAUAUACAUGAAUAUUCCAGGAUGGAUUUUGUUAAGUUCAUAGAAAUUGUUCCUCUAAAGCCAAGCACUAUGUACUAUCUAAAGUAGGUAAUUAACUGGAUUCAAAAAUUAAGAAAUAUCUUGUCAAAGUAGUUUUAGGGGUGGCAAAGGCAGUAGAAGUAAUUCUAGAGUCCUUCAUAUAUCAUUAAUUAUCUGGUUCCAAUACUGUAGUUACAUAUUGCUGUAUAUCUUACUGUAUAAGAAAUACAGAAGGAAAAAUCCAUCAGUGUUUUUAUUAUGCAGAUAGGAACAGUACUUUGAACAUUUGUUUAAUAGGAGUUUAUUUUAAAUAUCAAUCCAAUAUCUGCCCAUUGGAAUAGGUGUUUACACUUUCAAAAUGACAUCCUCUUGGUAAAUAUAUCUCCAAUCUACAUUAUUGUUACCAUAAUUUGUUACUGGAGUAUAAGAUGCAUCAAUUGUUUUUAAGUACACUGUAGCUACGGGCAUGAUUGUGAAACUUUUACUCACAUUGGUGAGCACUGAUCUGCAUGACUAGUCCCGAUGAAGUCUAGGGAUGGUCAUGCAAAUCAUUGCUCACCAGUGUGAGUAAGAGUUUCAGUCAGCCCUGAGGAUCAGACAUACUGAAUUUUAUUUAAACUUGAUAACUCUAAUAUCGUAAGAUAAGGAUUGAGGGCUUAUUUUCCGAGUAAAUGUUAGACACAUUAAAAAGCUGCUGUUUCACUGUAUUUCACACUAGAAUACACACCGUGUUUGAGUUCUAAAUCUUGCAAAAUCAUCUGAAAGGAACUAGCCAGUUAACAUUUUUUGGACUUGGAUUCAUCUUUCAGAACUGGCAAAAAUACUGUAAAAUAAAUAUGUAUAAAUUAUGUAUAUUAUUUGUGUUAUUAAGAUUGCCCACCAUCUCCCAUUAUAAGAUCGUGUUUUCACUUGCUUAUAACUUUGCUGUACUUUAACAAUUUAGGCCGAAAUUUUCGAUGUUAGGUAUCUGCCUUAGGCUGAAUUUUUUGGAAAACUUCAACUGAAAUAGUUCAUCAUUUCAGAGAAUGAGUCAAAGGGAAAAAUAUUGUUUAGCCCAUGUUAAAUAUUUCUUGCUCUUCUUUGAACUGCUUCAGCACCCCUGUGCUUUGGAGCAAGAGGGUUGAUUUGUGUGUCAGGGAUGUGACUUUUGUCGUCCCUAUGAAAAUCCACUUGAAUUUGGCCAAGUUUUAAGUCUUUGAAGAAUUGCAUUUCGCACAUGCACAGUAGAGCCUUGCUAGAGCUUAACUGCUAAAACUUCUAAAGAUUCCAUCCUCACUGAGUAUGCUCCAGCCCCUUAUGGCUCCUGUGUGUGACAGGACUGUGCCUGCACCAGCCCCACAGAACAGCUGAAUACGCUACAGCCCAGGAUUACGAGGGCUCAGAAUUUCCUUGUAAUAGCUGUUUCAGAGUGGUACCGGAACUGAUCAGGGAGCCUGUCUCUCCUUUGCUCUCAAUAUUACCCCUGUCUGAAGUCCACACCAAGGCAGUAUGGACGAUGUAGCCAAUUGAUUUGAAGGUAGAGGGAACAAAAGCUGGAUCCGAGCGGAGAGAAAGGAGUAGGCUGGGACAAGGAGUCUUCUGAGAGUGAGAUGGGAAGUAACUGACUAGAAGCUGAUUGGUAGGGAGAGACCGGGCAAGAAGGAGACUGGGACUGGGAGUCAGUUUGCUGGGAGAGGAAGAUGAGGAACGAAGAUGGGGCAGGGACUAGGAACCAGUGUGGUAGGGCACCUCGGAGGAGAGACAUCUGUCAAGGAGUUGGCUGGGUGAAGAGAAGAGACAAGGACUCUAGGUGGGAGAAGGGGACUGAGAUUGGAUGAGGAGCCCAGGAAGGGAGAUUGAAACUAGGAGCUAGUGUGGAGAGGGGAGAGACCAAUCAAAAGCUAGGUGUGGAGAGACUGGGCCUGGCUGGGCAAGGAGUUUGGGGUAGGGAGUGGGGAACGGGGACUAGCUGAGCGAGGAGACUGGGACUGGGUGU